GUUCACAAAUGGUUCAUUUUGUUGAUUGAUUGAUCAUAUCGGAUCGACGGGCAAAAACGUGUUUGAGGCUGGUUCCUAGAUUUAAAUAUUUCAAGGAUUGGUUUAUGAUAGACGUUAUACCAGGCAUUUUCAUCGAUAUUAUCAGUCGUUAUGGCUACUUUUGCGCAAGUCUCCCCUUGCCUCCUCCCCUUCCACUUCCAUUUCCCUUCCAUUCCUCUAUCACUCUCCCUCUACCAACAAACUAACCCAACCCAAGUCAAAAAUCCUUCUCCGCAACCUCCUACGCUACAUUCCGUCCCUCCUAUCCCCAAAAACUCUACACCCAAAUCCUAAAUUAUCAUCGUGGUCCUCGCACCACAUUACUCGAUCUAGGAUGUGGCCAUGGAGUUAUUAGUCGAGCUCUCGGUUCCGCAGGUAAUUUUGAGAAAAUCUGGGGUACGGAUCCUAGUAGUGUGAUGAUUGAAGAAGCUAAAACUCUCUCUAAUAAAAUCAAUGCGAAUAAUCUCUAUAACAAGGAGGCAAAUAUAGAAUGGAGACAAGCUUCCGCGGAAGAUUUAUCAUUUGUAGAAGAUGGGUCGUUGGAUAUGGUGGUUGCGGGACAGGCGGCUCAUUGGUUUGAUUUUUCACGGGUAUGGGGGGAAGUAUAUAGGAAAUUGAGGAGAGGGGGGACGGUGGCUUUUUGGGGAUAUAAGGAUAAUUUACUGGUUGAUUUUCCGGAUGCUACGAACGUGUUGGAUAAGUUUUGUUAUGGGAUGGAUGAGAGGUUUAUGGGGAGGUUUUGGGAACAGCCUGGGAGAGAGAGGUUGAGAGGUUUGUAUAGGGAUCAGGUGAUGCAGCUGCCGGGGAUUUGUUUGGGGAUGUGGAGUGCAUGAGGUAUGAACCGGGGGGGGCAGGGAAGUGGU